CUUAAAUUUCCUUUCAAUUUCAAUGCCUUAUCUAUAUUAUCGCUGCUUCCUCUCUUUCUACCCCUUCUAUAAACCUUCCCUCCUUUCCUUCCCUUUUUUCAGAUUAAAUCAAAUCACCUUGAAAUCUUUUGGAGAAAAUCUCAUAGGGCCAGAUAUAGCUUUCCUUCACCAGUCAGUGCUCGUGUCUUCAGGGCUGCAAAAGAAAAGGGAGAGAUGGUUAAACCGAGUGAUCAAUUUUGGAUUUGUGUUGAGCAGAUGAAUGGUGGUUCUUUCAGGUGUAAAUUCUGUGGGUACGUAUUUGCGGUUGAUACUUCGAUUUCAACGAUCAUCUCUCAUUUGUCAGGAGUUAAAGGAUGUGGGGUUGAUAUUUGUGAAAAAGUCCCUGCAGAUGUUCAAGAAGCAACCUAUCUAGCUACUUAUGGAGCAAAUAAAAAAAUCAAAGCCAUGCUAAGUUCAUGCUACGAUGAGGCAAAUAAUACAGCUUUGACUUCUUUGCAAGGGCAAAACAGUGAAGUUGAAAUGCUGGAAGGAGAUCUCGAAAGAGUGCCAAUGGAGGUUCAGGGCAUGGAGCAAGAAGCAGGGGAGCAUAGAGGUUUAUUUCCUGAGGAGACAGGUUAUGACAGGGAACAUGAGAUUGCAGAAACCAUGCAGCCUAUGGAGAGAAGUAUCUCAGCAGAGAGGCUUGAACUUGAUCAUGAUGCAGGUGAGACUAGAAGAGAAGAAACACAAGCAUUCCAUGAGUUGCGCUGGUUGUAUCAUUUCUCUUGUUGAUAUCAAGAACGAAAUAAUAAUAAUAAUAAUAAAAUCCUGUUUACAUCUUUUACAUAA